CCAGCACUAAAUCCUACACACUGCCCCUUAAAUGGUGAAAUAUGAUACACAACAUGUCAUUGCAGUGCCGAUGUGUUUCUGUCCAAGCAGUUGGUUCUCUACAGUAUAAAAGAAGCAUGCAGUGUGUGGCUACUAGAUGGCAGCAGAGAACUAAAGAAGAGCAAUAUGGUGACUUUAUGUUCCACAUGUUAAAAUGAGGGAUUUUUCUAUCAAGUUAAAAAAGAAAUCUAAAUAUACAGUAUAUCCUCUCAGUCCUGAAUUACACUGACCUUCACAGGUUAAGAUGCAGAGUUGUAUUAUGUUUACAGUCAAAGACUAAAGUGUAGAUCUUAUUCUUACACACUGACUAUAUAAACUACGGCAUCCUAAAUAAUCAUGGCAAAUAUAAUGUGCUGGUCCCAUCCUAAUUUGGGCAGCAUGCAGUCAAGGCCUUUUAAGUGAUUUAAGUUAGUGCCCCAUUAGCCUUAAGGCGCUCCCUGUUCCUCUGAGAUGCUCUGCUGAGCUCUAAACUGUCGACUUUAUCACUUAAUAGGUCUGGGGAUAUUGAGCUUGUGAGCCAGCAAAAGGAAACAGCUGCCAUCUCAGCACCCUGAUUCAGCUCUAAAGGUAUCACUUCUGUUGUACAGUUGUAGUUCCUGGAGGCCUGAAUAAAUAUCACAUAACUGCAGUAGAGUCAGAUUGUUGACCGGGCCUGGACAUUAAAUCAACUAGAGACACCAGUUCAUGACUUCCACAGGAAAACAAUCUAUUGAUAGUUUUUUUUAUAUUUGCAGCUCUACUUUUAUUGGGGACUCUAAAGGUCCAAUCAGUAAAGGUUUGUACUGCCUGGAACCACAACAUGUCAUGUGAUAAAUCAGUAAGGGUUUGAUGAUCAAAAGCUAACAAAUAACAAAUAAGCUAACAAGCAGACCACCAGUACUGCGCCACAAUUCAACUCUGAGGGCUAAAGGGACUAGUUCUUGAGACCAAAACCAUGUGACAAAACAGAUCUGCAAUGCCAGUAAUUUGCAUGGACACAUAUUACCUCAAUUUCACUUGUUUCUGACUGGCUCUGCUCUAAUUUACUCUGUGAAUGACACGUUAUUAGUAUCAAUUACAGGCCUCCUUAGCUCAAGGCAGAUUGGCACUGUUCCUCUGAGUCCUUUUGACGAUCCUACAGGUUUCUGAACACCAGGAAAAGGACACAGGUCACUGAUCUACUUUCCGGGGUUGGAGACACUUCCAUGUCCUGGAACCAUCGGUUCAGCACUGUGCUGAAACUGUUGCAGAGAGGUUAUGCAAACAAUUUCACGCUGCAGUUGAGCAAAUAUAUUCAUAAAAAUGAACUAACUGUAGAUGUAAAAAACAUAGUGAAUAAAUUAGUAAAAUUAUGGAAACGCUAUUUCUCUUUUCACCUUCACAUAAUGUGUAAUGUGUCACCCAGACGUUACCUUGUUCUUGGCUGCAAUGACAUUUCUCACAAAUUUGGGAUCUUUCAUAAAUCACACAAUUAAUUGAUUAAUUAAGAAAAUGAAAAUUGUUAAUUGCAGCCCCAUUUGAUAAAAUAAUCUGAUAUUCCAUUGUAUAUAUAAAAUCUUAAUCUGUAACGUAACCAUUAACUAUUAUUAUAGUUACUCUUAUUGAAUAAUGAAAGUACAAUAUUGUCCUUUUAAAAUGUAAUGGAGUAGAGGUACAAAGUAUUGGUUACUGGUUAAAUUGGUUACUCCUGUCUUUAAUUAGUAAGGCCUGUGCAGCUUUGAGAUCUACACAUGUGCAAAGGGAUCCAUCUAACGAGUCAGAGGGAGGAGUCUCUGCCUUUUUAUGCUUGCAGUGGCCAUGCUUGAGAACAUUCUGUGUUUGCAACAAUGGGGUCCAGUCAGCUUGUUGUGUUUGGUUUUGUGCUUGCGUGUGUCAGCUUUAGUGAUGCUCGAGUCCUCAUUAUGAGCCAGCCAAACUACUGGGGCAUUAAGGAUGAACCAGCAGCACAACCUGAGAGAGACCACUCCAGGGAGUCUACUCAACAAGCUGACAUGCUCCAGGCAGAGCAGAUCCAGCCAGCAGUCGAACCGCUGUCCUGGACAUUUCCAGAAGAUCCAGUGGAUUCAGUAAGAGAGACCCCUGUCAAUUAUGUACUGCGGCAACCGGCGACGGCCAACCGUGUUGCUGUGAGGUGUGGGGAAAGCAGGAUCCAGGUGGAAGUGAGCCAGGACUUGCUGGGCCUUGGCAAGCUGAUAAACCCAGGGGAUCUCACACUCGGUGGUUGCUCAGCCACUGAGAUCGACAACUUGGCUCAUGUGCUGGCCUUUGAGUAUGAGCUGCACAGGUGAUCGAGAAUACCUUAAUUUAUGCUUUUACACUGGUCCACAACCCCGAAGUGUCUGGCGGAAGUGGCAUCACGAGGAGC